GAGGCGGAGCGGCAGCGGCAGGAAGGCAGGCAGGAGGGAGGGAGGCAGGCAGGAAGGCAGGCAGGAAGGCAGGAAGGCAGGCCGGCCGCGCUCCUUCCCGCUCCUGCUGCCUCCUGCCCGGCCCGAGGUGCGGCGGGCUCUUGGGCGGCAGCGCCGAGCACGAGAAGGCGCAAUGGCAUCAGAGCAGACCAAAGACGAGGAGACGGAGGAGGAGGAGGAGGAGGAGGUGGCGGCGGCAGAUGUGGGGGUCCCCAGCAGCCAGCCUGGCCCGUGUGAUUCCGACCUACCGAAAGGAAUUGCCAGUUUGUCUCUCAGCGUAAGUGACCUUUCUAUUCACAAAGAUGAUAGUCUGUCACUGGCUGCUGCUGACCACGCUCAUCCCACAGUCAAGGAGAACCGGGAAGAUGAGCACAUGGAUGAAGGAGAAAGAGAUUCUGGGAUUCCGCAGAGGGACUCGUCCUUGCCAGUCCCCAAGGACCACGAGACCUCAGCGGAGCCUUUGGCCAGUCCUCCUGCUGAGGCUUCCUUGCUGCCUCCUCCCGGCCCCUCAAGUGAGGAACUCUCUUUGCCUGACUCGGAUGCUGCUGUGGGAGAACAGAGAUGCGCUCUCGCUGGGGAGAUUCUGCUGCUGGCUCCUCCACUUCCACGGGCGGACCCUUCCACGGACCAGACUCGUGCCGCCCUUAACUGCUCCGAGGCUGAGCUGGGAUCUUUGAUCUUGCAGCAUGGCAGGCGGCAGAAUGGGUGCCCAGAUUUGGAAGACUCACCCUUGGCAGCAUCUCCGAGUGGGGAAAGCCAAGGCCAAGAAGGCGCGUCCCAAAAGCCCUCCCAGAACAUUGCAGUACAGACCGACUUCAAGACGGCUGACCUGGAAGUGAACACGGAUCAGGACAUUGAAAAGAACCUGGAUAAAAUGAUGUCCGAGAGGGCUUUGCUGAAGGAGCGCUACCAGGAAGUGCUCGACAAACAGAGGCAAGUGGAGAAUCAACUCCAGGUGCAGCUGAAGCAUCUGCAGCAGCGAAGGGAGGAAGAGAUGAAGAACCACCAGGAGAUCCUGAAGGCUAUUCAAGAUGUGACUGUAAAACGAGAAGAGACCAAGAAGAAGAUGGAAAAGGAGAAGAAGGAAUUUUUGCAAAAGGAGCAGGAUCUGAAGGCAGAAAUUGAGAAACUCUGUGAGAAGGGCAGGAGGCUGCUGAAGGAGCAAGAGGAGAAGGAGAAUAAGAUUGUUUCGCUCAUUGCCGAGCAGUCUGAGGAGAAGGAGGUGUGGGAGCUGGAGCUGGACAAGCUGAAGAAUCAGCACAACGAGAUCAACAGGUCAACCCUGGAGGAGACGGAGCGGGCGUGGAAGGCAGAGAUCCUGUCUCUGGAGAGCCGAAAGGAACUGCUGGUGCUGAAGCUGGAGGAGGCAGAAAAAGAAGCGGAGCUGCACCUCACCUACCUCAAGUCGACGCCCCCCACCCUGGAGACCAUCCGGCCCAAGCAGGAGUGGGAGACGAGGCUGAACAGGAUACGGAUGACCAAGGAGAGCGUCCGGGACCAGUUCAACGAACACAUCCAGUUGGUGCGCAACGGGGCCAAGCUGAGCAGCCUGCCCCAGAUCCCCACGCCCCCGCUGCCGCCGCCCCCGCUGGAGACGGACUUCCUGCUGCCGGCCUUCCAGCCCAAUGCGGCCUCCCUCCCCCCGCGGCUGCCCUUCCCCAUCGGGACCGUGCCCAUGGUCAUGCCCAGCGCGGACCCCCGGGUGCUCUCCUUCCCCCUCCUUAACUCUUCCAUCGCCAGGCCCCCCCAGCCCUCGCCCCCGUUGCCCGCUGCUUCCCAGGGCCGGAGCAGCCCCGCGGCGGCCUCCCUGGUGGGCCCCCGCAUGGCCCCCAUGGCUUCCCUCCCUCCACCGCCGCCAGGCCUGGCUGGGGUCAAAGCAGCCCCGGAAUUCCCCAGACCGCCCCCCGUGGACAAGCUGGAGAAGAUCCUGGAGAAACUGCUGACGCGGUUCCCCCAGUGCAACAAGAUCCAGCUGACCGGCAUCCUGCAGCAGAUCAAAGCGGCACGGAGGACCUUGGCAGGACUCACCAUGGAGCAGCUGAGCCAGCUGGUGGCAGCCAAGCUGGCCCAGCAGCAGGACAGGGGGGCUGCCGUGGGCACCCAGCCUCAUGGCCGGAUCUGCUCCCCCAUGUUCCCUGCGCCUCUGCCUCAAAUCAGCAACCCCAUGUUCUUGCCCCCUGCCCAAGUCUCCUACGCGGGGAACGCACCUCAGGCUCCCGCUGCUGCCUGCAAGCUGUGCCUGAUGUGCCAGAAGCUGGUCCAGCCCACUGAGCUCCACCCCAUGGCCUGUACCCAUGUGCUGCACAAGGAGUGCAUCAAGUUCUGGGCUCAGACCAACACGAACGACGCCUGCCCCUUCUGCCCCAGCCUGAAAUGACCAGCGGGGCAAAGCGAUGGUGGCAGCAGCAGCGGCAGCAGCAGGCGCCUGGGGCAGAGGAGGAGUCGGACAAGACCGGAGGCAUCCCAGGAUUUCUACAACUCUGUAUUUAUAUGGCCAUGUAUACACAUGUACAUUUUUAUUCUAUAGGGAAUGUGUGUAUAGAAAGUCUGUAUCCAGACCAGUUCAUAAUAAAGUGUGUAUAUUAUGCAGGA